AUGAGAGCAGCCAGCGGGGGCAGCCGAUUGAGACUGAGCUCGCCGGCCUGGUGUGGGGAGGAGCAACCCUCGUGUCUGGAAGAGCUGCUCAGGAUGGCUCCGUGGGACUUCGCCGUGCCCCUCAGUGGCCUUGACCUGCCGCUGCGGCCGGCGGCCGAGCUAGCUGCGACACUAGCGCCGUACCGCGGCCGAAACCUGCUCCAUCAUGCCGAGCACAAGUUCAUGCGGACGCACGAAGAGAACAACGUGUUUGCCAUGUUUGGCUGUGGCGACUUCGUAUUCAACGUCUCACGACCCGGCAACCGUCCACUCCAGUUGAAGAUACCUGUUUAUGGACAUGCCACCUGGAAGGCACUGGACCGGCAGUUCGUCGAGUUCGUUAUAUCUGAGCUACCGUCGUCCCCGCUUGCUCGCUGGAGCCUCCUGCUACGGGUCAUCAUCAUACCGGACGAGCACUUCUUCGCCACGGUGCUUAUGAACUCCCGGUACAGCGACACACUGCUUCGGGCCAAGGUGCACCAUCCGAAGCGCUUCCAGGGCGAGAACCCGGAUGGUCUGUGCCGACACCGGGACGUGGUGGAGUUCUGUGGCAAGAAGUCGGCAGUGCUGCCCUCCGGCUCCACGUACCAGCUGACGAAGAGCAGCUCCAACUCGUACGAGCUGGCUCGGCGGCGUCGUCCUGUUGAAGGCGGCCAGUGA